UAAGAAAUUCUUGAAUCUGUGUUUGUUGUGCAGCAUCCUUUUCUUGUGACAAAAUAAAACAAACGUGAUAUCCAUUCUUUACACAGUGGUUAAAUGAAUGAAAAAAAAUGUUAUCCUUAAAUAAUAGUGAUGUAUUAUGCAUAUUGUUGAAAAGUUGUGCAUUCAGUUUAUUAAUAUUAUCCUGUAAUCAAAUAUUUGUCAGCAGCAAUAAUCACAAUAAAAGAUCAAUGAUAACUGAAGAUUAUGCCAAAGCAUUCGAUCAUGGCGCUAGAGUUCGCAAUGAAGGUGCAUGUCAUCAACCACGAUCCAUGAUAAUCUAUGUGAAUAAGACUGAUCCCAGUAAAGUUCAUCUGCCACGUGGAACAGUGUUACAUCGUUGUAAUGACCAGACUGGAUGUUGUAGCAAUCCCAGCGAGAGUUGUGUGGCAAUCGAAAUGCAGACAGUAGAAUUAUAUUUCAUAACAAUAACAUUACAGGUACAAUCACCAUUCAAAAAUCGUCGUGUGCGACAAAGUCCCAAAAUUGAAAAACUACUAUUCACCAAUCAUACACUGUGUGGUUGCCGUAUACGAAAUUCAUCCGAUCAAGAUAUCAAUAGUGAUGACGAUCACAAUAGAGAAAACGAAGUGGAUUUAUGAUUUUUAUUAUACCAACAACAAUCUAGCCUUUAACGAAUUAUUUGAUUUUAUUGAAUCUGA